AUGGCCUAUCUGCAUCACAACCUUAAAAGCAAAAUGAAAGAAUGUACUUCUUUCCAGAGCAAGAAGACUGGCAUAAAUUGGACAGAUGAUGAAAAAAGAAUCUACAGGGAUAAAAAAAUAGCUCAAACUCAAGAAAUAUUGCAGUAUUUGCUCCCUAUCAUGGAAAGUACUAAAAACGCGCAAACCCCUCAGAUAAAACAAAUACUCAACCCAAGAACCAACUGCCAAAUUCAACAUCAACUAAUGCCAGCUACUUACAUAAAUAUACAGAGAUGCAGCACAUCCGGGACACCACCCAGAAAUCACCCUUUUAUAAGCCAAAGGAACCUUAUGGUAAGCUCUCCAGAGUGGCUCCAGUCUGUGUCCCAGAGAUCACUUGAAAGUCUGUCAGCUCUCAAAGUGCCCAAGAAGAAGAAAAAACACUCUCGAAUCAAGGCCACAAAGACUAAAGACAUGAAACCUCUCAGCAGCAAAUGGGAGACUAUUCCCUCAAGUUUUGAAAAGGAUGCAGAUAUUAUCAAAGAAAAGAGUCUUCAAGCUGAAGAAUCCAAUGAGCAAAACUCGAUGCAAAUAGCUCCACGUCCAACUAAAAAUAGGGAUGAGCAACCAAGUGAGAAUCAUGGACAGCCCACCUUCUAUUUGAAGUUCCAAAGGGACAGAUAAUUUAGCUUUAUGCUACUCUGAAAACCAUGGAUGAAAAAUACCAUAUGCUUACAUAGUAAAAAGAAAAAGAAAAGGAAAAGAAAGAAAAAGAAAAAGCCCUCCCCGGCCCCUAUCUCUAUCCCUCCCCUUACACAUACAUAUGCAUAUACUAAAAGUCUAGAUAACCCAUCUUCAUUAGUGACAACAUCUUUCAGAGAUUUAGAAAGAAAUCCAGAGAAAAUACAGAAAAUUUAAAAUCACUUAUUUAUAUUUGAUUUUUGCCAAGAUGGAAAAAAAAUCUAUGAACUUUUGAAUUCUCCCAAAACAACGUAGGCAUAGAACACCAAAAAAACUAAGAACUCAAGGACGGAAUGACAUGUACGAUCAGUGACUUUAACAUCCCUACUAGGCAACUUAAUGAAUCAGUCAACAAACAUCUUUUCUUGAAUUUGUUUUAUCUUUAGUGUGCUAGAAACCAUCAGUGAUAUAAAAGACAUUUCUCCCCACUAGAAGAUUACUGUAUAAUUGUACAUAUAAAACACACAAGACUAAAAUAAUUACAGAAUAAGAGGGUGCAUAGGAAAGUACUAAGUUGUAUAGCUCCAACAAUUAAAGAAAAUACUACAUAUUAAAGGACGUUAAUUGCACAGAGCAAGUGUGUCACAAAAUGGCACUGAAAUGCAUAGAUUAUGGUAUACAAUGGUCAUUUGACUUCUCAAAAUGUAGCAACAAUGUAAAAGUUCAGAUGUGCAGUUUGCUUUAGAGCUAAUGAAUGUACAUCUCCAGCCAUUUAUUCAUGUGAAAGCAAGUAGAACAUCUCACAGUUUAUCACUGAUAAGACAGCAGUGGUGGAAUUCCUCAGGGACACUGCAGAGAAAUAGGUAUGUCAGGCAAAGAAGUCAAGAUGGAUGUGAUAAGUGAGAAAACAAGAGUCACAGGUCACCAGUGGUGUCCAUUACAGGAUAAGGAUAAGCAGAAUGAGAAUCAGUAGAUGAGGCACAUGAAAGUUAUAGGCUACAAGCUAAUUAGGUCAUGGUAGCAAGAUGGAACUAAGAAAACCUAAGGUUGGGUAGGCUACUCUCAACAAUUACAAUAGCCAAAGAGGGUUCAAGGAGAGCUCACUGGGAUAGUAAAAGAGUAACUGCUAUAUUUUUGUUUUGGUUUUAUUUUUGGU